GGAGAAGCAGCUUCUCAUACGAGCUAAUUUUACAGCUGUAUUAAGUGGACGAAGGAGAAAAUGAAGUCUGUUCUUGUUUUUCUACUGACGCUCACACUUGGUCGAUGCACCAUCUAUGAGAACUUUGAGACAAAGACUGUUGGUGUUGGAGAUGAUGUGACUCUGACAUGUCCUCGUGAUGCUUCUUGGUAUUCAACACAAUUAUUCUGGUUCCGGCUCAUUUCUGGAGAUUUGCCUGAGGUUUUGGGAGGAACAUUUAGCUUUGAAUAUGACGAUGUUCACAAAACUCCUCGAAUCACAGCAAAACAAAAACCUGGAUUGUUUGUCAUGAUUAUCGAUAAAGCAAAAGUCGGCGACACUGGACUUUACUUUUGUGUGAAACAAGAGAGGAUUAAUAUGACAGUUUUAAAAGGAACAUUUCUGCAGAUUAAAGGACCAGAGCCCAGUAUCACCGCAGUCGUUCAAGACAUUUCACAGGAUCCAGUCCACCCAGGAGACCUGAUGACUCUGCAGUGUUCUGGUCUCUCUGAGUCUGAAAACAACACAUGUCCAGGGAAACACAGAGUGUUCUGGUUCAGAGCCGGAUCAGAUGAAAAUCAUCCCAGUGUCAUUUACACUCAUGGAAACAGACCUGGUGGAUGUGAGGAGAGUCCUGAGGCUCACUCUCCACAGAAAUGUGUCUACAGCUUCUCAAAGACCAUCAACUCCUCCGACGCCGGGACUUAUUUCUGUGCUGUGGCCGCAUGUGGAGAGAUAUUGUUUGGAAAAGGGACAAAGAUUGACUUCAAAGGUAACUGCAGAGCAUUCGAUAUGAAUCAUUUUUUAACAUUCAAUUCAUUCAUCAUUUCAAACAGUUGAAUCCACCUGGAAGAU